UUUUUUUUAAAUGGAUGAAAUUAAAGUGCAAAAAUCCAAACUCAACCGAUUUGUCAUUAAUAAUUUACACACACACUCGUCACCCUUUCUCUCUCUAUCUCCAUAAGCAACACCAUAUAACACCCCAUCUUCCUCCUCUCAUUUCAGCAACAAACACACACACUCCACUUAUUUGCUUCUUCACCAUGGUUUCUUCAGAAUUAGCACGCACAGCUGUCGGCAUCAUCGGAAAUGUCAUUGCACUCAUCUUGUUCUUAUCUCCUGUAAGUCAAACAAAUUCUAAUUUUGACCAAAAGCCAAACAAAAUUCUCAGGCCAACAUUCAUUCAAAUUGUGAAGAAAAGAACGGUGGAGCAAUUCUCGCCGGUGCCAUACCUCGCCACCUUUAUAAACUGCGGGGUGUGGGUGUUGUACGGACUUCCGGUGGUCCAUCCUCACAGCUUUUUGGUCAUCACAAUCAACGGCACAGGUUUGUUGAUCGAGACUGCGUAUCUGCUGCUCUUCCUGAUAUACUGUGACCGCAAGCAGAGGAUCAAAAUGCUACUGAUCAUUGCCGGCGAACUGGUGUUUCUCGGCGUCUUGUCUGCCCUGGUCCUGACCGUUGCCCAUUCCACCAAAGUCCGGUCAGAUAUUGUCGGAAGUAUUGCCAUUGUUGGGAAUAUUAUGAUGUAUGCGUCUCCAUUGUCUGUUAUGAAACUUGUGAUUACAACGAAAAGCGUGGAAUAUAUGCCAUUUUUCUUGUCUUUGUUUUCGAUGCUGAAUGGCAUAAGUUGGACUAUCUACGCACUCAUUCGCUUUGAUCCCUACAUUGUUAUACCAAAUGGGCUUGGAUCACUAUUGGGUAUAACCCAGUUAAUACUGUACGCUACCUUUUACAAGUCAACACAGCGACAAUUGGCUGCGAGGAAAGCAAAUGCAGAGAUGGGUCUGGCUGAAACGGGUACAUAGGUGGGUCCGACGAAGCUGAACAGUGUGGGCCAGGCCCAUAAUGAAUAUCCUUAGAAUAUUUUGAUUGGUAUAGUAUUCUACACUUAGGUCCAUUAGGCAAAAGCCCAUUAUAAAAGAACUACGAAAGGGCAAUGCUGUUUCUGAUUUUUCUUUUUCUUCUUUUGAGUGUUUAAUCGUGUGGUGCAUUGGAGCUGUUAGAUGUGUAAUAUGAAGCUCUAAUGAGGAGAAAAUAUUAUCCAUUUCUCUUUUCUGUUUGAUUUACUUCUUAACGUGGUUGUUUCA